AUGAGCAUCUUUGCGGUGCUCAGGAGGUAUGUACAGGCAUGGACAUACCUUUCCUCUGGCCCUGAGAAGAUCAACUUCAAAUAUAAUCAGGCCAAAGGCAAACCGUUCGAGAUCCUUGCCCCAGACACCCGGUAUAUCUUCGUAUCAUCUCCCAAGCAUAUCAAGGAGGUCGAAAAGGCAUCUGAUAGCGUUCUUUCUCUCUAUGUCGCAUCAAGUCAUAUGCUACAAGCUCAAUACACUAUGCACGGAUUCAACUGGGUUGAUGGCAAAGGGGCAGCUGAGUUCGGACUUGCACGAGCUUUGCGUACUGUCUUGACACGCAACAUUCCCCAGCUCCUUCCGGAUGUCACAAAGGUCGUUCAACAGCGGUUUGCUGCUCUUCGGAUGGAGUAUCCGGUAGUUAAUGGAACACGGCAAUCACCGGUGUACGAGAUGGUUCUCGAGCUUGUGGUCGUGUCCAAUGCAUUGUCAUUUUUUGGUCCCGAGCUGGCGAAAGACCGUACAUUCUUGAAAGCGGCUUUGGUCUACGUCGAGGAGACUAUGGUGGGUGCCGAGGUGAUCCGAUUGAUGCCGCGUUUUCUCGCUCCUCUGGUUGGUCGUUUGAUUUCCGGUCGAUUUCGCGCUCAGGAGACGGUGUUCAACGUGCUACUCCGUGUUGUCGAAGAGCGAUGUCGCCAGAGAGAGUUGGGUAAACUGGGCCAUGAGGCUGAGAACCAUACCGAUUGUAUCCAGUGGAUGCUUGAGAACUCUCCACGUGAGAAGCCAUGCUCACCCACCCGCAUGGUCCACGAAUUGAUCGCGAUCUGGUUUGGUUCGGUACAUGGACUGGCGAUGACGCUCACAUUUGCCAUCCACGACAUCUGUCUACACCCGGAAUAUGUUGACUCUCUCCGAAAGGAGAUCGAAAGUCAAUAUGAUGGUUUUCAAAGCACCGGAAAGGGUCUUCCUCUGUUAGACAGCUUCAUCAAAGAAUCUGCCCGUCUCACCCCGGUUGAAUCUUUGAGUACUCGCCGCCAAGCUGUCCAGAGUUUUACCUUUUCUGACGGGACCAAGCUAGCAGCUGGGGACUGGGCUUGUACCCCGGUUGGUUCAAUGAUGCGAGAUCCAGGCAACUACCCGGAGCCUUCGCAAUUUAGCGGUUUUCGAUUCGCGGACCCCGGUUUGCUCCAAGGAUCUCACCCGCUUCAGUCGCGACCGUCCAAGUUGACGGAUGCGAACGAGACGUGGCAGAUGUGGGGGACUGGACGCAUGGCUUGUCCCGGUCGAUUUUACGCCGCCGCAGUGAUGAAAGUGGUUCUCUCGCAGAUCAUCCUAGGCUAUGAUUGCAGUCUGGUGGACCCGAGCGCUCCUCGUGUUCAUAUCUGGCGUUCCAACAUGGUGCCUAGAAAAGCGACCAAGGUGGUUUUCGAAUCCCGAGAGAAGGGAGUGAGAUGUUGA